AUGAUUUUUAAAUAUUUUAUACUAGGUAAUCUAGUAUCCUUAUGCAUGAAGAUAAUCAAUUCGGUCGUUGUGGUCGGACUCUAUUAUGGAUUUCUCACCACAUUUUCCAUAGGGCCCUCUUAUCUCUUCCUUCUCCGAGCUCGGAUUAUAGAAGAAGGAAUCGAGAAGAAAGUAUCAGCAACAACUGGUUUUAUUACGGGACAGCUCAUGAUGUUCAUAUCGAUCUAUUAUGCGCCUCUGCAUCUAGCAUUGGGUAGACCUCAUACAAUAACUGUCCUAGCUCUACCGUAUCUUUUGUUUCAUUUCUUCUGGAACAAUCACAAACACUUUUUUGAUUAUGGAUCUACUACCAGAAACUCAAUGCGUAAUCUUAGCAUUCAAUGCGUAUUCCUGAAUAAUCUCAUUUUUCAAUUAUUCAACCAUUUCAUUUUACCAAGUUCAAUGUUGGUCAGAUUAGUCAACAUUUAUAUGUUUCGAUGCAACAACAAGAUAUUAUUUGUAACAAGUAGUUUUGUUGGUUGGUUAAUUGGUCACAUUUUAUUCAUGAAAUGGGUUGGAUUGGUAUUAGUCUGGAUACAGCAAAAUAAUUCUAUUAGAUUUAAUGUACUUAUUAGAUCUAAUAAGUACCUUGUGUCAGAAUUGAGAAAUUCUAUGGCUCGAAUCUUUAGUAUUCUCUUAUUUAUUACCUGUGUCUACUAUUUAGACAGAGUACCGUCACCCAUUGUUACUAAGAAACUGAAAGAAACCUCAGAAACGGAAGAAAGCGGGGAAAGUGAGGAAGAAACAGAUGUAGAAAUAGAAACAACUUCCGAAACGAAGGGGACUAAACAGGAACAAGAGGAAUCCACCGAAGAAGAUCCUUCUCCUUCUCUUUUUUCGGAAGAAAAGGAGGAUCCGGACAAAAUUGAUGAAACGGAAGAGAUCCGAAUGAAUGGAAAGGAAAAAACAAAGGAUGAAUUCCACUUUAAAGAGACACGCUAUAAAAAUAGACCCAUUUAUGAAACUUCUUAUCUAGAUGGGAAUCAAGAAAAUUCGAAGUUAGAAAUAUUUAAAGAUAAAAAGGAUAAAGAAAUAUUCUGGUUUGAAAAACCUCUUGUUACUACUCUUUUCAACUAUAAACGAUGGAAUCGCCCAUUUCGAUAUAUAAAAAAGAAUCGAGUUGGCAUGUAUGUAAAAAAUGAAAUGUCACAAUAUUUUUUUCAUACAUGUUUCUGUGAUGGAAAAGAAAGGAUAUCUUUUACGUAUCCACCGAGUUUAUCAACUUUUUUGGAAAUGAUACAAAGAAAAAUGUCUUUGUUUACAAUAGAAAAAAUUGACUAUAAUGAACUGCAUAAUCAUUGGAAUUAUACCAAUGAACAAAAAAGGAACAACAUAAGCAACAAAUUUUUAAAUAGAGUCGAAAUUCUAGAUAAGAGAUUUAUUCCUCUGGAUAUAAUCGAAAAAAGGAUUAGAUUGUGUAAUAAUGAGACUAACAAAGAAUAUUUACCUACGAUGUAUGAUCCUUUCUUGAACGGACCCUAUCGCGGACAAAUCAAAAAUAUUUUUUUUUUCUCAAUCAUAAAAACUUCUGUAAAACAUUACAUAGAGACAAUUUGGAUAAAUAAGAUUCAUGGAAUCCUUCUUACUACCAAUUACACAGAAUUUGACCGGAAAGUUAAUCUAUUUGAUCGAAAAUCAUUAUCAACAGAAAUUAUUUAUUUCUUGAACAUAAUUAGUAAGUUUGCAGGAAAAUCAACAUCAAAUUUAAAUUUGAAAGGACUUUAUUCAUUUAAGGAAAACAAACAAGUAAGAAUUGAUUCGGAAGAUCGAAUAAAAAUUUUCAAAUUUUUAUUCGAUGCAAUUAUAACUGAUCCUAGGGAUAAAACAAUUAGAAAAAAAUAUAUUGGAAUAAAAGAAAUCAAUAAAAAAGUUCCUCGAUGGUCAUACAAAUUAAUCGACGAAUUAGAACAACAGGAAGUAGAAAAUGACAAAAAUGGGCCAACGAAUCAUCAAAUUCGUUCAAGAAAAGCCAAACGUGUCGUGAUUUUUACUGAUAUUCCGGAGAAUACCGAUCCUUAUACUAAUAACAAAGAGACUAAUAAUUCUGAUCAAGCUGAAGAGUUGGCUUUGAUACGUUAUUCACAACAAUCGGAUUUUCGUCGAGAUAUAAUAAAGGGCUCCGUGCGAGCUCAAAGACGUAAAACGAUUAUUUGGGAACUGUUUCAAGCAAAUGUGCAUUCCCCUCUUUUUUUGGAUAGACUAGACAAACCCCUUUUUUUUUAUUUUGAUAUUCCCGAGCUGAUGAAAAUCAUUUUUUUAAAUUGGAUUUGGAAAAAGAAGGAAUUAAAAAUUUCGGAUUAUACAAAGGAAAAGACAAAAGAAAGUGAGAAAAAAGAGGAGGACAAAAACGAAAAAUACAAAAGAGAGAAAAAAAUUCGUAUAGAAAUAGCAGAAGCUUGGGAUAGCUUUUUCUUUGCUCAAGUAAUAAGAGGUUUUUUAUUAGUAAUCCAAUCAAUUUUUAGAAAAUAUAUUCUAUUACCUUCAUUAAUAAUAGCUAAAAAUAUUGUUCGUAUAUUAUUAUUUCAAUUUCCCGAAUGGUCCGAGGAUUUAAAGGAUUUGAAUAAAGAAAUCCAUGUUAAAUGCACCUAUAAUGGCGUUCAAUUAUCCGAAAAAGAAUUUCCGAAAAACUGGUUAACAGACGGUAUUCAGAUAAAGAUACUAUUUCCUUUUCGUCUGAAACCUUGGCACAGAUCUAAGUUACGAUCCCCUCAUAAAGAUCCAAUUAAAAAGAAAGGGAAAGGACAAAAAAAUGAUUUUUGUUUUUUAACAGUUUUGGGAAUGGAAGCUGAACUGCCUUGUGGUUCUCCCCGAAAACAACUUUCCUUUUUUGAACCCAUUUUUAAAGAAUUCGAAAAAAAUAAAUUCAAAUUAAAAAAAAAAUGUUUUUUAGUUCUAAGAGUUUUAAAAGAAAGAACAAAAUUUUUUAUAAAUGCUACAUUUAUAAAUGUAGCAAAAGCAAAAGAAACAAAAAAAUGGGUCCUCAAAAGCAUUAUAUUUCUAAAAAAAAUAAUAAAAGAAUUUUCAAAAAGAAACCAAAUUAUAUUAUUUGGAUUGAAAAAACUAGGAAUAUACGAAUUGAGUGAAACUAAAAAAGAAAAAGAUUCGAUAAUACAUAAUAAAAUUAUUCCCGAAUCGUCUAUUGAAAUUCGAUCUAUGGAUUGGGCAACUUACUCAUUGACAGAAAAAAGGAUUAAAAAUCUAACUAAUAGAACAAAUACAAUCAUAAAUCAAAUAGAAAAAAUGAAAAAAGACAAGAAAAGAGAGUUUAUAACUCGAGAGAUAAAUCUUAACCCUAACAAAAUAAGUUAUGAAGAUAAAAGAUUAGAAUCACCAAAAAAUAUUUGGCGGAUAUUAAAAAGAAAAAAUAUUCGAUUACUUCGUAAAUCCCAUCAUUUUUUAAAAUUUUUUAUUGAAAAGAUAUCUAUGUAUAUCUUUCUGCGUAUCAUUAAUACCCCUAGAAUCAAUGCACAGCUUUUUAUUGAAUUAACAAAAAAAAUUAUUACUAAAUACAUUUACAAUAAUGAAGCAAAUCGAGAAAGAAUUGAUAAAACAAAUCAAAGUAUAAUUAACUUUAUUUCAACUAUAAAAAGGUCACCUUGUAUUAAUAAGAAUUCACAUAUUUUUUUGGACUUAUCUUACUUGUCACAAGCAUAUGUAUUCUACAAAUUAUCACAAACCCAAGUCAGUAACUUAUAUAAGUUAAGAUCUGUCUUUAAAUAUUACAGAACAUAUUUUUUUAUUAAGAAUGAAAUAAAAGAGUAUUUUGUUGGAACGCAAGAAAUAUUUGAUUCCGAAUUAAGACAACAUAAGAACCUUCGAAAUUCUGUAAUUAAUGAAUGGAAAAACUGGCUAAAGGAUCAUUAUCAAUAUCAAUAUGAUUUAUCUCAGAUUAGAUGGUCACGAUUAGUACCGCAAAAAUGGCGAAAUAGAGUCAAUCAAUAUCAAUGCCGUACGGCUAAAAAUAAAGAUUUAAACAAAUGUGAUUCAUAUGAAAAAAACCGAUUAAUUCAUUAUGAAAAACAAAAUGAUUUUGAAAUAGAUUUAUUACUAAAUCAAAAAGAAAAUUUUAAAAAACAAUAUAGAUAUGAUCUUUUUUCAUAUAAAUCGAUUAAUUAUGAGGAUAAGAAAGACUCAUAUAUUUAUGGAUUGCCAUUACAAGUAAAUAAUAACCAAGAGAUUUCUUAUACUUACAAUACGCCUAAACACAAACUAUUUGAUAUGCUGGAAGGUAUCCUUAUCAAUAAUUAUCUAGGAGAAGAUGAUAGUAUAGAUAGAAAAAAAGAUAUGGAUCGAAAAUAUUUUGAUUGGAAAAUUCUCAAUUUUUGUCUUAGAAAGAAGACCGAUAUUGGGGCCUGGGUCGAUAUUGAUACUGUCACCAACAGAAAUAAAAAUACUAAGACUAAGACUGGGGUUAAUAAUUAUCAAAUAAUCGAUAAAAUUGAUAAGAAAAAGAAAGGUCUUUUUUAUUUCACGAUUCAUCAAGAUCAAAAAAUGAACCCAUUCAAUCAAAAAAAACCUCUUGUGGAUUGGAUGGGAAUGAAUGAAGAAAUACUAAGUCGUCCCAUAUCGAAUCUAGAACUUUGGUUAUUCCCAGAAUUUGUGAUACUUUAUAAUACAUAUAAGAUUAAACCGUGGGUCAUACCAAUCAAAUUACUUCUUUUCAAUUUUAAUGUAAAUAAAAAUGUUAAGAAACAUAAAAGUAUCACUGGAAAGAAAAAAAGCGAUAUUUUUAUAUUAUCGAAUGAAAAAAAGACUUUUGAAUUAGAAAAUAAAAAUCAAGGAGAAAAAGAAUUAGCGGACCAAGCAGAUCUUGAAUCAGCUCUCUCAAACCAAGAAAAAAAAAAGAAAAAGAUGUUGAAGAAGAUUAUACGGGAUCAGACAUGA